AUGGAGAUGAUGGUGGCGCAGCGACGGGCAUUUCUAAAGUCGCUCAAGGAUUAUGGUGACGAUGAUGAUGAUGACGACCCACGGGAUUAUCGUUUCCAUGGUGAGGAUGGUGGUGGUGAUGAUGAUUACCAUGGUGGUGCUGAUGAUGACCAACUGGAUUAUCGCUUCCAUGGUGGUGGUGAUGAACCACUGGGUUAUCGUUUCCAUGGUGAUUAUGAUGGUGGUGAUGAUGGCCCACUGGAUUAUUGCUUCCACUGUGGUGGUGGUGGCGGUGGUGGUGGCGGUGACCUCUAUGGUGAUGAAGGUGGUGGUGAUGAACCAUUAUAG